UAAGAGGGUUCAGCACCUUCAGCUACAGUUUCACAAGCACAGAGACAAGCUUCACUAUCCACAUGGCAUAUAUAUUAUUCUCGAUCUACUACCUACCCAAUGCCGUUUGGAUCUUGGCAUCUCGGCCGAUAGUAGUUAGCUGAUUGCGUUACCUUCAAAACCAUAUCCGAACCAUGUCCGAUGUAGCUAUGGCAGUAGAGCCACGGCGACCACAGUUGAGAAUUGCGUGCGAAGAAUGUCGACGAAAAAGGAUUAGAUGCGAUAGGGGAACACCGCAAUGCAUGUCUUGUGCUACUUCUGGGAAAACCUGCGUUGUGAGACAAAACUGUCCGCGCAGAGGGCCAAAGAAGGGAUACCUCAAGACACUACAGAAUAAGAUAGAGGACCUACAGUCCCGGUUAAAUGAGGCCCAACUAGACGAACAACAAGAGACAUCGACUACCGAGACACGGAAUCCUUCUCCAUCUCUAGAGGAUGUCAACUCUGACAACGACAACGGCGGUUGCAUGGACAACAUUGAAGUUCAGAGCACAUCCACCGCCACCCCAAUAACAUUUAGUGAUAUUCAGUUAUGGACGCAACCGUUAGAAGUCCAAUUCCCUAUCAUGCAACCAGGACCAUGGGACUGUAUCGAGAACUCGUUUCCAGGCUCAGACUUUCCGUCCUUGGAUCAUACUCCAGAACCGUCUCCAUUUUCAAUGGGGGUUGGACUCCAUAUUACUCCCAUGAUGCAUAAUGACUUAGACCAGCUCUAUUUCGACCGGGCCUAUAUGUUUGCACCGAUAUUACAAGCACACCGCUACCGUUCCUGGUCCAAACAGCCAAAUAAGAGCAAGCACCAGACUUGCUUACAGCUUGCCAUGUGGACAUUGGCGUCAUCCCUCUCCAGUCAGUUCCAGGUUGCCGUACGGCAACUUUACAGUGAGACAAGACAGCUUCUACGUACGAUUGAGUCGGAAGAACCAUGUCACCAAGUAUCUAUCGAGCAGGCACAGGCUUGGCUCUUGCUUGCAAUCUAUGAGCUGACGUGUGAAGACUACCACCGAUGGAUGAUGUCCGCUGGAACGGCCUUUCGCUUGAUCCAGAUGAUGAGGCUAUAUGAACUUGAUAUACACCAAAGCCCUCCCACUACGCAGACCCAAGAACAAUAUUCUGUGCAACUUAGUCCUUUGGGGCAAGUACAAGAUGACUGGAUCGAUGUUGAAACGAAGAGGCGGACGUUCUGGCUUGCAUAUACAAUUGACCGCUUUACGAGUAUGGUCGAUGGAUUGCACAUGUUCUUCGACGACCGGAUGAUCCGUACCCUCCUGCCGGCUCCCGAGGCAAACUUUGCCAGUGGUCGUCCCAGGGAGAUGAGCUUUCUCGCGGAUAUAGUCCGCGAUGCCGACCUAGAGCGGCCUGACGAUGACUUCUCGUCUUUUACAGAGACCGUUAUCGUGGCUCACAUUUGCGGACGGGUCCUGGAACAUAAGCAGAGACCACUGACUAGAACGCUCGAUACUACUGUCGAAUUUUGCCGCCGACACCGAUGUAUUAACGCGCUAGUGGCUCAGCGUAUCAUGAUACUGCGAAUGCAUGCCUCAGUGGAGCACUUAGACCCCGUACUUACUUUUACUGCUCUGGCGGCACAUAUCUCUGUGCUUAUGCUCUAUGAUUUCAUCGAAUCUAAGCCAUUGGGUACCAAAGCACAAGCAACCCAGGUUACAAAAACUCUCCACGACGAGUAUAAGCAGCAAGCACUGGACGCUGUAGCCGAUAUACCUCUUCUGGUUGUCUCACUUGACCAGCACUUUCAGACACAUCCUUUGACGCCUAUCCUACUCCUCUUAGGUGCCAGAUUUUCGCAGUCGCAUCCUGGGCUGAAUGAUGCUUCUAAUAAGCUCAUGCCUUGCAUCAUAACGGCAUUGCAGGCCUCGGUCAACCUGAAUAGGCUUUCACAGGGCUUUCUCCAGCUCAUAGGACCUCAAAACGACAUUUAUGGGGCCUUCACCUAGUGUCGACUAGGCAAAUAUUUACACCGGUCGCAUCUACUAAUACUCAUUAAUCUUAUAGAAAUGGUGUCAUAUGAAUAUACCCGCGAAGAGCAAUCUUUCUACCAACAACCUGUAAAAGAUGGACAUGUUAAAGGGGCAGUUUCCGAGUGAACGAUUCAGGGCGCAGCUGUGGAUGGUGGGAUAUCCACAAGCUGCGGGACCUUCUCGUGGCGGCUCAAAGGGCCAAGGGCGAAUAUCAUGAUAAGGAAGACAGGCAUGAUGAAGGAC